GCAGCAGCAUCGAUCCAUCCCCAAGAUCCCAUCCAACCAUGAUCCGAAAGACCCUCUCUGUUGCAGCUCGCAGGGCCGCAGCAGUCCAGAAGGCUCACAAUGGCCUCCUGGCUGCUUCAAAGAGGACAAUCUCCCCAGCAGUAGCAGCACCCGCUGUCCACCAGCGUUCAAUGGCUACCGAGGCCAAGUCCACCGGAUCCACAGGAAAGGUUAGGACCGUCAUUGGUGCCGUCGUCGAUGUCAAGUUUGACUCCGACUCGCUUCCUCCUAUUCUCAACGCUCUAGAAGUGCAGGACUUCCAGGGAGGUCGUCUCGUGCUUGAGGUUGCCCAGCAUCUCGGUGAAAACACUGUCCGAACCAUUGCCAUGGACGGUACCGAGGGUCUUGUCCGCGGUGCCGCCGUGGUCGACACUGGUCUUCCCAUCACCGUGCCCGUUGGCCCAGCUACCCUUGGUCGUAUUCUCAAUGUCAUUGGUGAGCCUGUCGAUGAGCGUGGUCCCGUCAAGACCGACAAGCGUAUGCCUAUCCACGCAGACCCACCUGAGUUUGUUGAGCAAUCCACCACACCUCAGGUGCUCGAGACUGGUAUCAAGGUCGUCGACUUGCUCGCGCCCUAUGCUCGUGGAGGAAAGAUUGGACUCUUUGGCGGUGCCGGUGUCGGCAAGACCGUUUUCAUUCAGGAGCUCAUCAACAACAUUGCCAAGGCCCACGGAGGUUACUCCAUCUUUUGCGGUGUCGGUGAGCGUACCCGUGAAGGUAACGAUCUCUACCACGAAAUGCAGGCCACCGGUGUCAUCAAGCUCGACGGCGACUCCAAGUGUGCCCUCGUGUUUGGCCAGAUGAACGAGCCCCCUGGUGCUCGUGCCCGUGUCGCCUUGACCGGUCUUACCAUCGCAGAGUACUUCCGUGAUGAGGAAGGUCAGGAUGUGCUGCUGUUCAUUGACAACAUUUUCCGUUUCACUCAGGCUGGUUCCGAAGUGUCUGCUUUGCUCGGUCGUAUUCCUUCCGCUGUCGGAUACCAGGCUACCCUCUCCACCGACUUGGGUGCCCUCCAGGAGCGUAUUACCACCACCAAGAAGGGUUCUAUCACUUCCGUGCAGGCCGUCUACGUGCCCGCAGACGAUCUGACUGACCCUGCUCCUGCCACCACCUUUGCGCAUCUUGACGCUACCACUGUGUUGGCUCGUGGUAUUGCUGAGAUUGGUAUCUACCCAGCUGUUGACCCUCUCGACUCCAAGUCGCGUAUCCUCGACGUCCGUGUCAUUGGCGAGGAACACUACAAGGUUGCCCUCAACGUGCAGCAGACCCUCCAGUCGUACAAGUCUCUUCAGGACAUUAUCGCCAUUCUCGGUAUGGACGAGCUUUCCGAGGCAGACAAGCUUACUGUCGAGCGUGCACGUAAGAUUCAGCGUUUCCUUUCGCAGCCCUUCGCUGUUGCUGAGGUCUUCACCUCCAUCCCUGGUAAGCUUGUGUCGCUCAAGGACACCAUUGCCUCAUUCAAGUCGAUCCUCGACGGUGAGUGCGAUGACUUGCCCGAGGCUGCCUUCUACAUGGUUGGCAAUAUUGCCGAUGUGCGCACCAAGGCUGAGCAGCUUUCCAAGGAACAAAAGUAGAGCGUAGGAUAUCUUGAAUAGAAUACAAAGCUGACGAUUCUACCUAUUUGUCUGCUACAUUUUCAUAGACGUCAAAGCGACGCUGCGUCGUGACUGGAAUCGACUUUCGUGUGUCUUCCA